CUGAUAUUGAAGAAAAUGAAACAGUAGAACAAAUCACUGUCAAAGCUCUUAUUCCAAAAGAAAUUAUCUCAACUGGAGGAACUGACAUUGGACAAACCCCAUAUGUAAAUCAUCAAAUACCUCUCAAAUUUGGAGAAUAUUCCGUUAAUUGUACACUUUGUGGAACAAUUAUCACUACAGCCCUACAUCAUGAAUGUAUUAUCGGAUAUAAUCUGAGACAACUAUACCCUGAGAUGGUCCCUGAAACUUUAAGCACUGAAGUAUUCUGGGAUAUACCAGAAGAAGUGCAGCGGAAUGACGAAGCUUGCCUUGCAGCA